CUAUCAUAACCUGUGUCGGUCUAGACCAAAGUGGACCACAAGAAAGACUUCGAACUCUCUUUCUACGAGAAGCCUUUGACAAAUCUAAAGGUGCGUCCCAUGCUUAGUUUCACACCAUGAUCACUGGAAACCGUCUUAUGGUUCUGCUUUUGUCUGGAAAAUACAACCAGCAUGAAAAGUAGCCUUUGCAAACACCACAGCCAUCAUUUUGUUAGCCAUUUAUGUAUUUAAUUUUUAUAACCAUAGAAAAUUUCUGCAGAAGCUUUUUUUUCCUGACAAUUAUUUCUUGUCACACCUGUCAAAAUCCAGCCUGUUUACAACGUGUGUGAGGAGUUUCCAAGUUUCCAAGCACAGCAGCUGACCCUUUAAGUACACAAGGCUUGUGGAAAAAGAAGGUAAUCCCAAUACUGAUACCUCAGGGGACUUGGCAUGACUUUAGUCACCAUGCUGGAUCCAGUCAAAGAACAUAAAAACAGGCGAUAAAGCAAAAGUUGUCUUGGUAAUUCACCGCCAUCAAAACCCUUUCAUACGCCGUUCCACCUUCAGUUUCGCUCACCUUACCCCCUUUUUCCUUUCUUAGGUAUAUAUUACUGUUUAGCAUUUUCCACCCUCCUCUACUUCUUCUGUCUUUCACAUUUUAUUUCCAACUUUCUCUCUCAUUUUUUCCUUUCUCACACUCCCUUGCUUCCUCUUUUAGCCGCCCAGAUGAAAAGAAAAGGUGCAUCAAGAUUUCCAGGUUUCUUAAGUUGUUUCAAUCAUGUGGGAGAGCCCUUUCCCAUCUGUCCUUUCCCGGCACAGGUGCCUGCUGUAGUGGCUCUGUAGGCCGUCUGUAAAUGACAUUGGUUCCCCUCCGUUGGUCACAUCCUGUGUCCCGGAUAUGAUACUGCUAUGAGUCUCUGUGUCUCUAAUGGAAACAUGUCUGGCUUUGGAUUGUAUGAUGUUAAGUUGUGGGAAGACAAGUGUUGAAACAUUUCUUCAGAAAGACUGAGUGUCCUACAAGUUUAUUCCCUUAAGUUUAAGUGACAGAAUUAGAUUUCGUCAGAAAUAGCUUCUGUUUUUCUCAGUGUUUUUGUUGGCGGACAUGAGAGGCAGACCUUCAUUUGAAAAAGAUACUGUUUAUGAAAGGUUGUCUUCAUCUAUUACACAAGAUGACUGCUGCAAUUUAUUUCAAAUUUAGGAUAGUCAGGUAUAAAUUACCACGUACAUUUUUAUGUUCACUUGAAGCACUGUGAGAGUAUAUAAAUCUGUCUGGGCAAUGUUUUAGGAAAUCUGUUAUAUUUUCCAGUAAGCUCAGGAUUAGGUAUGAAAAAUGAUUCCACAAUCACACUCACAUUUAAAUGUAUCUGUAGUCAGGGGCAGAAGUAGUCGCUCCUAUUCAUAUUUCGCUUUAACCUAUAACAUAAAAGUAUAUAAAUUUAAAGUUAAAGCUUUUUUUAUGAGUCAUGAAACAGACUGAAUGAACACUGAUGUUUCUCUAUGAUACACAAACAUGAGCAAAUAUUCAUGGUGAAGGAUAAAUGUCACCUUCAAAAAGACAACAAGGGGACAUUUUUUGACAGUAACACCACUACUAAAGAUGACAUAUGAAUAUAAGAGUUAUCACUUUGACCACACGGGGGCGCCAAGGUAAACACAGACAGAAAGUUCCUCACACGAGCUUUAAAUUAAAGGUACUUUCAUUUGCGUCAACUGGCAACCAAAUAAAGCAACAGAUUUUGGGAUGGCACCUUGGUGUCCAAUCAGAUCUCAAGUGGGCCCAGGCCACCCCUACGUCCACCUCUGGCUGUGAAGAGGUGUCAAGCACUGCAAGGAUGUCCCAGUCCCAAAAGGGGUCUUGGGUCAUGUCCUUAAAAAAUGGAUGUAAUCUUAAUUUAAGGAUGACUAUCCGAGACAAUGUUUUUUUUGUAUUUGAUUUCAUUAUUCAAUGUACUGAAAAUUAAAUUAAAGUUCCUAUCGGUAGUUUUGGGUCAUUUGUGUGUUUUCCCUGCAGUUCACAUAAAACAUGCAUGCUACCAUAUCUGCUAUAUUUGAGAUGGGAGAUUUGCUGUAAUUAAUAGACUGACUGCUUCUGUUGUUAGAAAGAAUCGAGACUACUGAAAAUUCUGUCAUGUCAUAUUCAAGUCUGAGACCACAUAUUUUACCUUUACCCAGAUUACAGAGGGAAAUCGUGAGGGAGGUCUUGGCAAUUUGCUUUGACUUAUUACUCUCUCUCUCUCUCUGAAUGUAGUGGACAGACCAAUAUUUCACCAUAGUGUGGGUUUCUUUUAAACCACACAUACUGCUCUUCUCUGGUGUUGACUCUCAGUUCUCUCUUUCAGCAUGUUCACCACUUGCCACCUGCUGACUCUUGCACUCACAGCCACUAACUUCAGGCAAUUGAGAAAAUAAACAGAAUGUCCUCUGGUCCCAAGGGUCCAUUAAUCUUACUUUUUUCCUAUUACACCAUGCUGGAGCUGGCUUGGCAAGGUGCCUGGCCAUCAACAAUGGGUAACCAGUAGACACCCACAACUAUGCAGCCCCCACUUUGCUGAGGAAAAUGUAAAGUGUGUCAGCAGUAAUUUGGUCAUAUUUACCACAGCUACAUGACAUGAUGAGAUUAAAUAGUGAUGUGUGGUUAUUGGCCUGCCAUGGUUACAAUAGAGCCCCACGGGGAGAGUCGGGCAUGUGUGAAGAUGUUAUUUAAAGUGUGCAAAAGUCAAGGAAAAUAAUCUCAUACAUCAUUUUCUGCCUCAAAUUAACUACAAAGGCCUUUUUUUCACAGAGUGAGCUGUGGAUUGAAUGUAGGAGUCAUGAGUGGAUGUGAAAGCCAUAUUUUGAUACAGUUGUUAAAAUAAACUCCGGUGGGUGGUAGUUCUCAUACUGCUGACAUCGUCUUAUGAGUAUAGGGGACUGUAUCAGAGGAGAAUAUGGUUGUAGCUGUAAUAACAGUUGAGGCAGAAAUACUUUUAUAGUGAAGAAGGAUUAGCUACAAAGGCUGCACUCUCUUUCCCUUUGAGAUUUGCAUUAGUCCCCUAAGUUGCAUUGCUUUGCUUUGAAAUUCAGUCUUUGCAUUGCUUUGUAGAAACAGCACUGCAUGUAAAAUUCUCUUUGCAGUUCAUAUUUCUCUAUGCCUGCACAAGGUUCAGUAUGCACAUAUCUUCAAUAUAGAAUGUCAAAAUUCACAGUUUCAUUCACAGCCUAUCUUCCAGGAUCUAGCAUAAAAGUAUCCCUCACUCUGAAGAUUACUGACCCUCGGGAUUUCUUCACAAGAGAGGUCAUGAAAAAGAGGUAAGACUUUUCAUACUUACAUAGACGUUCAAGAAGACUUCGUUUAAUUAAAAGCUAUGGCAGUCCAGAGCAGAGUUGGAUUACAUAGCAGCUUUAGUCAGUUCCCAUGUUGUCAUCUCUUCCUUUCCCCAUCCUGCUCUUCCUGUUGUCUAUGACAGGAAAAAGAGGUAUGAUUUAAAUACCAUGCAUACGAUGGCUGUCUCUUUUAAGUUCCAUGAAAUCAUGACUCUAUUGAAAGUGAUGAAAGGGCUGUACCUGCCAAAGAGCUGUCAAUUCAUGCAGCCAGCAGGUUACUUGGAACUCUGGAAACAGUCACACACAAACAAAACAUCUUGUGGAUAGACACAUGAUUUAUACUCACUGUCAGCUAUUACCCAAAGUUACAGCCCCAUGAGAUGCACUAUUUACCCAGUGCAGUUUAAUGGAUUAAUUAUAUUUGUCCAAAAUGUUCUCACUCCCAGGCAUCAUUUCCAUUACUGAGGGGGUAACUCUUACUCAUAUCUGACCAUCGGCGUAAACCUGGCUCCAGAUGUGACACGAGUUCAUGAUGCUCAUGUCUAAAGAGUCUCUACAAAACACUCACUUAUUAAUCCAGAGCCUUUUUUUUCACUUCUACUUACCACUUAUUACCAUAAUGCACCAUUUAGUAAUAUAAGAGGUGGUGUUUGUAAUUGAAUAAACAGCACUAAGGGAGGCAGAAAUGGUUGCCAAAGUGGUGCAGAACAAACCAGACUAUUCACAAUCAUUUACUACUCUACUGAACAAGAACAUUACAUCCUAAAAAUGAUUUUGCCAAGCUUCCUAAAAGACUAAAUUAGCUUCCCUUUCAUAUUUUAAGUAAUAUUACAUAUGCUAAGUUAUGCUAUCUCCUUUAAUCUGGUGCAUGACUGUUGUCUUUCAAAGGUAAAAAAGGUUACCUAUAUUCUUCUCUUAUGAAUGGAGAUGAUGCAAAGCUGAAACGACUUGUCAAAAAUGUUAUAUCACUUCGAGCCAGAUCAAAGUUUUAUUCUUUAUUUGACAUUAACAAAAUACCAGCGCUGUAAAGGCUUAAUUUGUCUUUGAAGGUUAUUUAAAUCUGUUUUCUUAUACUCCCUCUUGACUUGCAUCAGUAGAGCAGCUCUUGACUCAAAGGUUGUUUGUGCUUAACUCAGAGGUACUUAAAAUUAGAUUAGACAGACUUUAUUGAUCCUUUUGGGAAGGUUCCCUCAAGGAAAUUAAAACUCCAGCAGCAUCAGUAUGCACAGAAAAAAAAAAGAAUGAUCAAAUAAAAAUGCAGUAUAUGUUAAGAAUAGAGAUAUAAUAAAACUUAAUAUAAAUAAAGUAUUUACAUAUAAAAGUAAGAUAUAAAGCCAUGGGUAUUUGCACAUUACUAUUACUACUACUGUUACCUCUCCACUUCCCCAGAGAGGAGUUGUACAGUCUAAUUGCAUGAGGGACAAAGGAGUUUUUCAGUCUAUUACUUCUGCACUUGGGAAGGAGAAGUCAGUCACUGCACAGGCUCCUCUGGUUGAUGAUGACGGUGUGCAGAGGGUGACUAGCAUCGUCCAUAAAGACCAGUAGUCUGUUUAUAGUCCUGCCACCGUCACUAGAGCGUCAUGCCAACCACAGAGCCACAGUGCUUCUUUAUACAUUAAAUUAAAAAAUGUGGUCACUUUACCCCUCCAGAUGACUUCUUGAAUGAUGUAACACUUAAUGGGAUGCUAAUAAAACAACACUAACCAACAGAGAGUCAAUACUGCACCAUGUCUUCUCCAUUAAAGCUCCUGUAAGGAAAUUUUGGAUUUUGUCAAUCUUUGCGUCCCAGUAAAAUAAUCUUUGCCUACCUUGUCCACUACAUGCUUAAGUAGAAAUUAUUUACCACAAAUCUCAUCCUGCUGACUUUUAAUACUCAAUGUGAGUAUUUUAAAAGGAAACGGUACAAAAUAUGGCCUUCUCUUCAGCGGCAAGGCUUGGACCUACCCACUUGCACCAGUUUCAGAUGAUAAAAAUUAGGAUAUAAAAACUUAAAGGGAUAUUCCAGCGUGAUAUUAAUUUAGGGUCAAAUACACCGUAACACCAAGUUAGACACCCCUUUGAGAGAUCAAUGUUGCCGACCGCCUGCUUCUCUAGUUUUACCAACUUUAGUAACAACCGCAGGAAAGCAAUACACAGCGGUCUGAGGAGCCAUCAACAAACCUCAACCAAAACGCCACUCUAUUAAGUGUAGCAGCAAUGUCAGCACAGGGGCGUGGUGUGUGACGUGCCAGUUUAGCCAAUUUGACAGACAUAGCAACACUAAGUGCAUUGGAAUGAAUGACAUUAGGAUGAUGGUAGGUUUUAAAAACCAACUAUUUAUGACCAUCUUCUGACCAUACAGUGUGUAUAUAUGGGUCAAGUCCAGCAAUGUUUGCAGUUUUGUUUGGGUGAUGAUCUUUUUCUUCAUUGUUCAGCUUGUCCCUGCACAGUAUGUUGAGUCCAAGUUUUGCUCUCUUCAUUCCGUUCUCGGUUACUAUGUAGUCAGCUAAUAAAUAGUUGGUUUUUAAACCUAACGUCAUCCUAAUUUCGUUCAUUCCAAUGGGCUUAGUGUUGCUAUUUCUGUCAAAAUGGCCGCGCUGGCAUUUUACACACCAUGCCCCCCGUGCUGACGUUGGCGCUGCUACACUUUAUAGCUACAAAUAAUGCUCAGAACAGCACCUAACUUCGUCAACAGUAUGUAUUGGAUGCUAGCCACUGCACUAGCCACCAAACACCUUUUUAGCUUUGCCUAAUUUCAUUACCAAAGAGACUAAACACAACUUACCCACUCUCCUCCAGCAGCCGCUUAUUUGUAGUGAGAACUCAGGCCAGUCCAUUACGGACUGCUGCGGGGUGACGCAGCUCAAGAAAGAACAUUUAUGAUAAUUUCUUCACGGAAAGACGCAUCUGCAGUGCAAAAUGAUUAAUAUAGUGAUUAUUACUUUAAGGAAUUGAUAAUUGUUUGCUUUUGUGUAGCAUUAAAAGGCAUUAGCAUCAAAUUCAUCUUAUUUCAUAAACAACAACAACUCCUUACAAGAGCUUCCAAUGGAGUUAUGCGCAUUUCGCUUUCCUGUGAAUCCUCCUUUACCUAACAGGCUUCCAUACUUGUUGAGACCUGUCACUUUGGAUUGACUUGUAAACGCUUGUGGGCUGAAACUGAUCUACACAUCAUCCGUCUAACUUGUGCCUCGUUGAAGUAACUUGACCCAUUUGCAAAUAUCCCAUCCACACUUCCCAUCCAUCCAACCUGGGGCUGUCGGGGGGGCGUGCGCUUUCGGAGUCGGUCUUUUCACACCAGCAGGGACGGUGCUCACCCACUGAGAGAGAUUCACCAUGGCUUCAGCACUGAAUUACACAGCCUCUGUACUGUGUACUAUUUAUUUUUCGUUACUGUUUGCUGCUGUGUUUUGCGCUGAUGUAGAGGACGAUGAGCACGCCAAACACUCGUACACGGUGGAUAUGUUUACCGAGGCGGUUCCGACUGCACCCCACUUUGUCAUGUUCUAUGCCCCAUGGUAAGCUGUAAAGUUUUUUCUCCAUGAGACGCUGAAUAUAUGACUUAAUUGGCCUGCAAGUGAGCAUAUUUUCAAAAUAAAUGUCAUUUAAAAUGUGGUCAGUGUUAGCCGGCAUGUAAGCAAGUGGAGCUGUCGGACUAGCUGGUAAGCCGGGGUGGCUAGCUUAGCUGCUAAGUAGCAUAGCCAAACAGCGGAUAGUUUCCAGAGCGGCCUUUGUGGAAGUAGUUCGUGGAAAUCUUUUCCAGAGAGGCUUUCGACAUAUCCUCAGCCAUUAAAACAGCGUGUUACUCCAUCCUGAGCGAUAUUUUGUGUGGAAAAACUAAAUCAAAGUUGUAGAUUCAGAAGUUGUGCUUACGUGGCAGGCUCUGAUUGACUGAAGUUAUGUCAGCGGGUGUAAAAGUUGGGUUCACGGACCCCAAGAGUCCCUCCAAGGGGUUUACAGAAAAAGCAGCACAGAAGAAAAGUUCAUUUAUUGCUGUCGCCACCAAGUUCAUGUUGAUUAAUUAAUGCGAGGAAGAGACUAAAAGAUAUGAGUAGUUUGUUAGAAGAACCGAGAUUCAAGUCAAACACGUCAAUGACCUGAUUGGCUCCCUUUUUCUGCACACUCAUGCUCAACUCCUUUUCCAGAUACCAUUGUUAGCAUCUCUUGUUUGUAGGUUAUGCAAUUGGAGUUGCAUGCACUUCUUCAAUAAUAUCCCAUUACUAUAACAGGAUAGUGCAAGCAGACACAAGUCUUGAUUUAUGAUAUCAUUUCCAGAAAUCUUGUUCAUCCUCUUUGAUUUGCUUUGUUUAUAAAUCAUUUAUAGAAAUGCAGUGCUUCGUGUAGACCACGAAAACAUGUAAACCCUUGCAUCAACUUGACUGCAUGGAUGAUUACUCUGAUAAUCAACACAAUUGCGAUUAUUUUUGCAAUUAAUCGGAUCACAUAUUUUAAAUUCUUGCAUUAACGUUUUUAAUCUCAAUGGGACAAACCUGGUUAAAUAAAGUUUAUAGGACAUAAGAUGCUGGAAGGAAAAGCAUACAUGGAACGCCAUAACCAAGUAGCUGGUAAAGUGUACAGGAACAUCUGUGCAGGAUAUGGACUGGAAACCCCGUGCUCAAAAUAGGAAGCACCUCCCAAGGUGAUGGAGAAUAACCGAGCCAAGAUCCUGUGGGACUUCCAGAUACAGACUGACAAAAUAGUAAUGGCCAACCAACUGGACAUUGUAAUCGUACUAUGACUAGCUUACAUGACAGUCCUUUUCCGGUGUCCUCUUCAUCAGCCAACCCGACGUGUUUUCUUUUAAAAUGCCGGUGCAUGGUCAUCAUGCUGCCGCGAUAAUCAAGCUCUGCCUUGGAGGUCUUGCAUUUCACUCUAAAUUUUUGGCAAAAUGCUCCCAAACACUGGAGCUAAAAAGCGUCUUGCUCGCCAAUGUCGCUGAGUUGUAGAGAUGUUACACGCCGACCUACAGUGGUGGCCAAAAUUAUUAGAACACCUGACAGAAAUGAAAACAUUGAACUUUUUUUUGCCUCCAAAACAUGAUUUCCUUUCAAAAUGUUCAUGAUGCAUGCAGAUGGUUGCUCUGAGCACAACAAAUAUCAGAUUAAGUGAGUCCUACUGUUUUUAUCCACUUUUAACUUUAAUAUUUGGUAUGUCCACCUUUUGCAGCAAUUACAGCAGCACAUCUCUCUGGCAUAGUGUCAAUAUAUUUCUUGAGAACUUGAACACUAAUAUUAUCCCAUGCCUUCUGCAACUCAAGCCAAAGGCUUUCCUUUGAAUGUACAAUAGAUCUGUCCAGUUUAUUUUCCAACUCGCCCCAAAUUUGCUCAAUGGGGUUGAGGUCCGGACUUUGAGGGGGCCAGUCCAUCAUUUUCAAUGUUCCAGCAGAUUCCUUCUGUCGCAGGUAGUUCCGGCAAUACUUAGAAGAAUGUUUAGGGUCGUUGUCCUCUUGGAAAAUAAAUCCAGGCCCAAUAAGACGACUCCCAGAUGGUACUCCGUGCCUCACCAGAAUGUUGUGGUAUACUUUCUUAUCCAUGAUGCCAUCAAUUUUCACUAAGUCACCUGUUCCUGAGGCUGCAAUGGCACCCCACACCAUAAUACUACCCCCUCCGUGUUUAACUGUUGGCAAGAGACACUCAUUUUUAUAUCUCUCCCCCUCCCUCCGUCGAACAUACACUCUUCGCUUGUUGCCAAACUGUUCAAAUUUGGACUCAUCAGUCCACAACACUUUAUACCAAUCUCCCUUUGUCCAUUUCUUGUGUUCUUUAGCGAAUUUCAGGCGUUUCACUCUAUUUUUCUCUCUCAGUAAUGGUUUCUUUGCUGCUAUUCUGCCAACAAGUCCUUCUUCUCCCAGUUUCCGACGCACAGUUCUUGAAGACACUGUUGCACCAUUAGUCAUUGUGGUGUUGAUCUCGUCACGCAGUUCUCGUGAGGUCUUUCUUCGGUCCUUAAGACUGAGAAUUUUGAGAUGCUUCACUUGUCUGUCAGAAAGUUUCUUUUUUCUACCUCUCCCCUUUCGGUUCUGGUGUGAAUUGGUGGCAUCAUGGCGGUCUAAAGUGUACUUUACAGUGCUUGGACUGCAUCUCAAGUCCUUGGCUAUGCGGCGGUAACUCCAGCCAGCAUCAAAAAGGGCCUUUAUUCGAACCCGCUGCUCACUCGUUAAUUCCUUCUUCACCUUAGCCAUGUUCAAAGAGCAACAUGAGCUUCAAGACUACUUCUAGAGGCUUUGAAUUUAUACCAAUUGGUGGUGUGGCCUCAGUGACAAAACCCUCAUGUUACCAAUCACUUAAUGAGCAGGAUAGGCCUUGUACGUUCAAAAGAAUCACACAGCUGUGUCCUAAGACUUGCAUCACCAUCAAUUUAACCACGAUCACACCUGAGAAGGAUUACACAAGUAAUUUGGCUGCUUCUGUGAAGGAACAUGAUUGUGUGACACUGACAGGCCUUGCUUGUUUUUUGUAUGGAAAAUGACCUAAAUCUCCUUAUGAUGGCUCUAUUCUAGGGUUUAUAGAGCAAAAUGAUGACUUUGUAGAUAUUUAAUUUGUUUUAUGGGUAUUUUAAUGGCCAACUCAACAAAAACAACUGAAAAUUCUUAAAUAUGCCAAGUGUUCUAAUAAUUUUGGCCACCACUGUAUAUCAGUUCUACUGCGCAGGUGCAUCCAAGAAAAGGCACACACAGCAGAGGCUAUGAGCGGAGGGUACUGCGGCACUUUCGAGCUAAAAAAAAAGCAGGAAAGAAACGAUUAGUCAAAUAGUUGUUGACCAUUUUGAUUGUCGAACUUUAAUCGAAUAGUCGUGGCAGCUCUAAUGGGCAGCAGUACCUUUUAAAAAAAUAUGGCUUGUUAAGAUAAUUUAAGUGCAAAUGAGUUUAAGCAUGAUUACAAUGUUUACAAUCAUACAUGUAUAUUCAAGCGUUGACUGUCACUUCUGUUGAUCUGUGACUGUAAAUUCUUUCAUCUCUUUAUCAAGGUGUGGUCAUUGCCAGAGGUUACAGCCCACAUGGAAUGAGCUGGCAGACAAAUACAACAGCAUGGAUGACCCACCAGUUUAUGUGGUAAAAGUCGACUGUGUCCAGGAUACAAAGUUCUGCUCUAAUGUCCACGGGAUUAGGGGCUACCCCACGUAAGUGUCCAGACUGAUCAAUUUAAUUGCAAUUCUUCUUAAAAUGAUAAACUAGCACAAAAUUACCCAAUGAAUGCCAUAAGCGAGAUUUGUCAUUACUGACUGACACAUUGACCUGCGUUGAGUUGAAUUCUCAGCCAGUGUUUUAAAGUCAUCCUCGUAAAUCUUUGCUUUUGCUGAGUGCAGAUUUUACCCGCAAACUCAGCAGUCACAAGUAAAUGAAUGACAGAGCUGUGACAAGAGUAGUUUAUGGUGUCUUCAUGCUUAAAAUUUUGAUUUAAUAGGCAACCUGUGUGGUCAUGGAGUAUAGACUUAAGUCACAAGUUAAAACUCAUUUUAGUCUGAACAUGUUUAUGUUCUCUUUAGGCUGAAGUUGUUCAAGCCAGACCAGGAGGCGAUUAAGUACCAGGGGCCCAGAGAUCUUCAGUCUUUGGAGACCUGGAUGCUGAAGACCCUCCAGGAGGAGCCUUCAGUGAGUGUCAUUAUUCUAGCUACACUUCAAGAUUAUAACAUGACCCUUAAAAUGCAAUGAGACAGAGCUCAUAAAUGUGUGUUUUUGUGUAAUCCUCAGGAACCUGAGAGUGAACAGGAGCCUCCUAAAGCCCCAGAGCCCAAACAGGGCAUGUAUGAGCUCACUGCUCUCAACUUCAAGUCCCACAUAGCAAAAGGUAAAGACGCAGGAGAACAUAAACUGCUUUCUGAAAAUGCCAGUACCUUGAGCUUAAUGUGUCAUUUGUUUGCAUGCAGCUGCAUCCUGCUUCCAACAGAUAAAUAGUUUCUGUUUGUGUUUCCUUUUUAUUUUGAGCAAGUUUCAGUCAUGUUAACAGAUAUUUCUGGACCCCUGACAGAGAAUAGAAACACUUUGAUGCUUUGAAUGACACAACAGACAUUUCAACACCCAGCCAAAAUCCACAACGCCUGUCUCUUUUAUUUUCCUCUUUCUUCCUCGUUUGUAUUUUCUCAGUAUAUUUAAUCAUGCUCUACUCUUUCUAAUCUUACUCCUCCCUUCUCUUCUUGCUCCAGGAGCCCACUUUGUGAAGUUCUUUGCCCCAUGGUGCGGUCACUGCAAAGCCAUGGCUCCAACCUGGGAGCAGCUAGCCACCACCUUUGAGCACUCCAAUGAUGUCAAGAUAGGAAAGGUAGGUUUUCUUCAGUUCUAUUAAACAAGCAAUCUGAAAUGACAGUAUAUCUAUCUUUAUUUGUUAUUACCAUAGUGGAGCCUUGCCUUCUUUGGUGGAUUUUGGAUAUCCACCAACACCUACACACUUUCUGCACCACAGAUUGUUAAGUGUAAACAGUGCUGCUUGAAUGACAGUUUUAUUGCCUGUUGCUGUGCACUACCAGGAUGACCAUCCUGUUACUGGUUGACAGAAAAGGGUGUUGGUCACAUGAGUAGCAUCCUUUUUAUCAAUGGGUUUAUCAAGCAAACCCCCUUAGCAAAUUUGCACAGCCAAUAUUAACACUGCAAUGUCAUUUUAGAUUGUUACUCAUUCAUGUAUUUAUAUGUUAGGUGGAUUGUACACAGCACUAUGAGGUGUGCUCUGAUAAUGGGGUACGAGGGUAUCCCACACUGCUCUUUUUCAACAAUGGACAGAAGGUAAGGAAGAUGUAAUAUCUCACUUACUGAUUCAGCUUUCAUUUCAUAGACCUAGGGAAAAAGAAACCUACCUGGUGUAAAAAUAUCUUCCAAAAUAGUUUGUGUAAAUGUCUCUUAUUUUUAGACGGAACAGUACAAAGGAAAGCGGGACCUGGACUCUUUCAAAGACUUUGUGGACAACCAGCUAAAAGCCGCUGCCACCGAGGAGCAGGAGGAGAAACCUGCAGAGGAACAAAAAGCAAAUGAGAUCCCCACCGAGGAGCCAGCCAAAGAGGAGGUAUUCCUCACGACAGAAAAGCGUCUGUUUAGUCAGUACAGUGACUUACAUUGUGUGAACUUCUGAUUUUAAUUUAAUUCAAAAACUAAAAAAGUGUAAGAGCGUAAACUUUUAUCACCCUUUCACAAUGAGGCAAGUCUGUGAAAUUUCUUUGAAUACUCAAAAUGUCUGAUAAUCGAUAUUAAAACAUGAAGUGGAACUAAAAAGAUGCAGAACUUUUCACACAGAAGUGUAAUUGUAUUUCCAGUUUUAAAAGAUACCUGCCUGCUCAGAUUAAUUGAAGUUUUUCUUUCCUCUCUACAGUCCAGUGUGUUGACUCUGACAGAAGACAACUUUGAUGAGACCGUUGCCAAAGGCUUCACAUUCAUCAAAUUUUACGCCCCAUGGUAAGGUCAUCAUUUUUGAACAAGUGACAUUUAAAAAUCCUACCACUUCCCAUGUUUGGCUUUGCCGAUUGUGUAAGAAUAGAGAGAACAUCAUGUAAUCCAGAACUGAACUUUUUCUGGGGAUCUUAUUGAGUGUAGAGGGACACUCGGGAGUGUUUUAGUGCAACACUGACAGAGUUGUUUCUUUGUCAGUCUUGGUGAUUUAAUUUAGUGUUUUCCUGUGAACCGUAGGUGCGGCCACUGUAAGAACCUGGCUCCAGCAUGGGAGGACCUCUCUAAGAAAGAGUUCCCGGGCCUCACUGACGUCAAGAUAGCCAAAGUGGACUGCACUGUUGAGCGCACACUCUGCAACAAAUACUCUGUAGGUAUCCCGGUGCCACAAUUACACACUUAGUUUUUGGCUGUUUGUCUCACACACUCUUGUAAGCUUUACAGACGAUCCUUUUUCCUUCCUCCUCAGGUUCGGGGAUAUCCAACUUUGAUCAUCUUCAAAGCAGGAGCGCAGGGUGAAGAGCACCACGGAGGUCGAGACCUGGAGAGUCUGCACGGUUUUGUGAUGAGGCAGGCAAGAGAUGAGCUGUAGACAGUCAACGCAACACUCGGCCUUCCACCACUCUGCUCUCUCUCACACUGUGUUACCGGCCAGUAGGACACUGCUCUCUCUCUCCUACAGUAGCCAAACCUCUCUCUAUUUCUCUCUCCACUCUGGUUCUUCCAUAGAAGAGCCAAUGGCAGAGUGCAGUGGUCUGAUUUUUCUCUAGUGUUUAAGGAAAACAUGAUUCAGUUGGGUGUAUUUGAUGGGAAUGUAUAUCUUGUUGCAGUCAGCCAAUAUGACUUUGGUGAGAUCUGCAAAUGAAGUGACAACCACUUUGAAAGAACUGCUAAAUCAGUCAGAACCAGAGUCCCUCACACUCUUGUUUAUCUAAAGUGUGAUCGCAGAGGACAGAUGUUCCACUUUGAUUUGUUUCUGAUGAAGUUUUGUUGCCAUUUGACUUUUUUUUUUUUUUAAAUGCUAAAUUUUUAUACACGUCACCUGUCGCUCAAUCAUAAGCCAUUCAUUUUACGGUACUGCCACACAGAAGAUUGUAAAGACCGAGUCACCGAAAUGUGAGUGUUAAGUUGAGGGUACUUUUUAUCCACGUCAGCGUUUGUCUGUCUGACUUAACUCUCAGGGAAACGCCCUCGCACACUGAAAGUGGUGAUGGAUCAUUGUUGUCACAGGAGUCGGAUAAUGGCACAUGGACAUGUAUUUUUCUCUUAAUGAAGAAGACUCUCAACCUUUUUGAAAUAAAAAAAUAAAACUACACAUCUAUAUAGUGUCUUACCUGUUAUCUGACUCCUGGACUCUGAACUAACCAUCCCUCUCCCUUCAUCCUACAUUCAGGGUCUCUAACGUGGACCAUGUGCUCAGUUUUUCAGAGUUAUCAGAGUCUGUAUCAGAACCCUCAUCACAUUGUGAACCUCAAACAUUUUUUCACAUAUUAAGUGUAAACGUCAGAUGUUUAAAAAGCAAAAGCAGCUCAGUCACUUGAGGGUAAAACACGAUGAUCUUAAGGUGAAGAAAUUGGGUCCAUAAAAGCUGAUCUGCGAGGGCAAAGAAAGUUCAACCUUUCCAAGUGUUUGGAAAACUUCAGAGGUUCAAACUAAUAAUGAACUUUUGCUGCAGCUCAGGGUCAGAUUUAGCAUAUCAACUGUGAUUGUGAUCUCUUCUUACUUUAGAGAAUAAACCUGCUGCAUUUAAGGUUUGAUUUGAAGUCGUCUUAAACCACCUCAAAAGUCACAGUCGAAGGCCAAGAAAAUGCAUCAAAGUCAUGUCAGUCUUGCUAAUAAUUUCGGUCCAGGCCCACUACAUAGCAAACGCCCUGUUAUGUGAAAGUCGUGCGCUGCAUUACGCGAAGCGCCGUUUCUACUCUAACCCAGGAACACAGAGACACAGCACUUUUGUCAAACUUUUUAUGGAUAGCACGUGGUUUAAAGAACUCCAGUGACAGAAGUAUUAUUUUUCCUGUUUUUCCUCGUGAGACAUGGAUCGUGCACCAUCCAUGCUUUUUGUACAAAAAAAAAAGAGUGAAUAAUGGCAAGUUGUAACAUGAGAUUUCAUAAUAAAAAAUUUUCAAAAAUAA